AUGUCGAUCUCGCCCCAAGCCCGAGAUUUCAUCAUCACGCCUCAACUCUUUACCCCGAGUGAGGAGCGAGAAGAAUACCUGGACGAAGACAAGGAUGGGCAAAGCUAUCACGACCUGGCUAGAGCGAUAGCUGUAGCAAAAUCGUCCGAGCCUAGGUACACGAUUGUGAAUCUUGCAGAAUUGCGGGCACUGGACAGGGAAGCGGGUGCAUCCCAAACGACGACGAAUACACUAGCCAAGAUUAAGACGGAACAACUGGCCCCUGGAGAUUCGGUACGGGAGUCGAUACAGGAUAUGGCAGAUACGAUAUCCUUGGAGCUCGGUAAAAUCAAGGCGGCAAUCGAGCAAAUAAUCCUGAAGGCCCAGAUCUACACUCCACGCACCGAGCCCGCUGCAAAGCCAGUUUUUGGAUUGCAUCGUCGUAACACGCGCCGUCCCCAACGCAGGAACACCGAGCCUGUGCCGACAAUCGACACCGAGCCUCCGGCAACUCAUAGUACGCACCCGGAUACUGCUGGCGCACGAGUCGAUGACAACACCUCCGCCGGCCAUGUGAGUGACUGA